AUGCCAUACCCCCACCACGAAACAGUUGAUAUUGCUGACGACAAACCAUUUCGCGAUGAAUCCAGCGAAGACAGCGAGUCGUCAUCGAUGUUAGCGUCACCAUUCCAUUCCUCUAGCCCUACCACUCCGACGAAGCAGAGAAAGGGCAUGGCGUGGCUGAACCUUACCAUUUUGUGUGCCAACGUGAUCUUUGUUGGAUACAAUGUACUAUACUCUUGGCAGAGUAUUACCUGGAUCAAGUUCCAGAAACACUAUUGUCCAGACCAGCCGUUUUGUGAGAGCCACUCUAUCAUAUUUCCCUUCCCUCCUCGAGUACUGGAAGAAGGAAAGAAGAAGAGUGAUCAGAGCGAUAAUGAUACUGGAAUCAAGUAUGAAAAUACUGUGAUGCACCUCGAAAACUCUCACAAUCCGUUUGCAAGAGAUCUGGGGCCAGCAGUGGAUAAAAUAUGGGAUGACCUGCUGAAUUGGAGCAAUAUCCGUCUAUCCAAAGACGAAAUGCGGCAAGCGGGCGAAUUGGCCAAUGACAGUGUAACCCUGGCUGAUGGAGAGGGCUACGUGGGAACUCUUAGAGUCUUCCACGAGCUAUACUGCAUGAGUUGGAUUAAGUGCGAGUACUCCAAUGUCAGUCGGAGCUUUGAAGCGAUGGACCCAACCAGCGCCUCGGGCCGUUACCGCGAGGAGCAUUUUGAUCACUGUCUUAACAUCAUGAUUCAGGGGGUGCUAUGCCGCUCUGACUUGACCACGAGCUCCUGGUGGCUUGCCCUACCUCUGAUCAAUCGCAAGAAGGCCUACCAUACGUGUGUAAACUGGGACUCAGUGGAGGAGCGGAUUCGGCCUCGCUUGCUCAGUCCGGAUGCGAAGACAAUUACCCCUUCGAAGGAAGAGUUCAGCAUUGAGGAGCUUUUAAGACCUGCUAAGCCCACUUAG